GGUGUGCUGAGGUGCGCGUAUCACUGCAGCGUAUUGAACGCCAUCUGUUACAGCAGAACCGCGCCAACGGCAACGGUGCAAACACUCAUCCAUUAGACGAGUCCCUAGCCAGCGACGCCAACCUAGUCAGUAAUGCCCAAUUAUCUGAACCUAAGAAGGAGAGUGCCGGGGGUGAUGUGGGGGUACUGAAUGUUGGUACUGGACAAUUAUCGAGGAAUACGGGGGUGUGCAUAAAGAACCUGCAUGCCGUGUGGAGGCUGGACGAGAACGACGCCCACGCCAAGGCUACUUUGGCCCGGAUUGCGCGCAGGAAGAAGCGCAAAGAAACACGCGCACAAAAGGUCGUGUGUUAG